AUGGCUAUAGAGUUAAAGUUUCUAGUUUGCCUAGUAAUACUUUCGGCUAGGGCCAAUUCAAUCAUUGACAAGGAUCUAAAAGGUAAAAAUAUCAUCGUAACCGGGGCAGCUAGAGGUAUAGGAUACGCUAUAGCUGAUAACUUCCUAGCUAAUGGAGUCAAUCAAAUUAUAAUCUUAGAUAAAAAUGUGACUAACGGAAUAAGAGCAGCUGAAACUCUGAAAUGUAAAUAUGGAAGAGAUAAGGUUAUUUUUAUACCAUGCGAUGUUACCAAAGAUCUUCAUCUGUGGGAUGAUAUAGUUGACGAGCAUGGGCCGAUACAUGUGCUAGUCAACAAUGCUGGAAUACUUGAAGAAGACCAACCAAGAGAAAUGAUAUUGACCAACAGCGUUGCACCGAUUGAAUGGUCAUUAAAAUUCAGAGAAUACGCGAGAAACGACAAAGGUGGUUCUGGUGGAACUAUUAUAAAUACCGCGUCCAGGUCAGGUUACAGAAUAACUCCGUUUAUGGUUUCCUACAUCUCAUCAAAGCACGCGAGUCUCGCUUUCUCCAAGUCAUUAGGACACCCAUACAACUUCAAAAGGACAGGGAUUAGGAUUGUGGCUCUAUGUCCAGAACUGACUUACACUGCNUCCAGCUCAUUAAGCUCGCGCUUGAUCCUGGGACAACGAGUUGUCGCCCAGAGCCUCCUCAGGCCCCUCUUCCGGCGAAUAAUCGCUUUCAGAUGGGCCGGGAGUAUGUAG